AUGAUGUCGCAACGUCAGUUGUUAGCGGAGUUGGCUAAAGUACGGUGGCAUGGCAACGCUAAGGAAUACACGGACCAAUUUGCGCCUGUAGGGGUGCAUGGCGUGGGGGUCGCCCCCGACGAACUCGCUCCCUACUACUGCCCCAAGCUACCGACGGGCCUCCAUCUUCUUAUAACAAAUAACGGGCAGGCCUACGAGAAAGGACCAGUCGAGCCAUCAGAGAUGCUGACCAGGCAACUGGGCCCCGUCGGAAUCGGAUUUAAAAAACAGCCUUGGAAAAACUCCGGGUACUGCUACGAGUGUCAGGGUCGUGGACACCCGGCACGAGUUUGUCCCAGCAAAGGGGAACGAACCAAGCGCCCUGGCGAGGCCUGCAAGAAGUGUGGAGGUGUGGGACACUAUGCUCGUGACUGUCCUACACACGGGCGAGGCCGGACGGAGCCGGAAAACAAGAGUAGCAGGCAACCUAUCCGUCCGAGCACUGAGAAGACCGAACGGUUAAACCGCGAGGCCUAG